AUGUCGACAACCUCCCUACAAUCGUUCGCCAAUUCCUACUCGCCUUUCUCGUCCCGAACGCAGCCUGGUCGGAUGUCCCAGUCGCAGACCCCCGGCUUAGACACUCUCGCGGAGGGGUCGCAGUAUGCGCUAGAGCAGCUGCAGUUGGCACGAGAAGCAGGCAACAACCAUCCGACCGACUCUGCCAGCAAGUCAAAUGGUCACCAGCCGCCACAACAUCUCCGCCAGAACCACUCCUACGACGAGAGCAACGGUACUGGUUUCAAGACCCCCUCCACCCAACGAGAUCAUCUGGUCGACCCCCGCUCUAGCAUCCGCAAGAAUUCAUCUGCUGGUCCCGUGCGGCGGCGCAUCAGCCGAGCCUGUGAUCAGUGUAACCAACUCCGAACCAAGUGUGAUGGGCAGCAGCCGUGUGCGCAUUGCAUUGAAUUCGCACUCUCCUGUGAGUACGCGCGCGAGCGCAAAAAGCGUGGCAAGGCCUCGAAGAAGGACCUAGCAGCGGCUGUCGCAGUUUCUUCUGGAACUGGCGAUCCGGACGUGAAAAACAGAGAAUCCCCGGCGCAGGAACAUUCGCCCAGUACCCAGCCUGCCCACGAGGCAAACGGGCAAUUUGACGCCGCUUUUGACGCUUCCCGGAACACACAGUCUCAUAUCCCCAACUCGGAUGUCCCCAGCAUGACCGGAAUGCAACACAACUCGCACUCGGCUCAGCAGCACUCCCAGCAGCAUAUGAACUCAAACAUGGAGGGCCUCCAUUUGAACAACUACGGCGGGCUGCCAGACUCAAACCGGCCUCCAAUGUCGGUGCCUGACCUGCGCUCCCUGCAGAUGAUGCACAAUUCCAAUGGGACUUCUCGGUCCCCAGCCUCCAUGCUGCAUUCACAGGGGUUCGGAUCCGGGUACAAUGACAACGCAUAUUCUUUAAUGAACCCACAGGACAAUAAUCCCACCUCGAUCAACCACUUCCGCCUCGGCAGUUCGGCAGAGAACCCAUCCGCUCCGUUUAUGGGACUUUCACCGCCAGCGCAGUCGCCUGGCUGGCUACCUCUUCCAUCGCCUUCCCCCGCAAAUUUCCCUUCUUUCAGCAUGCCUCCAUUCUCCAGUACCUUGAGAUACCCUGUUUUGCAACCGGUCCUCCCCCACAUCGCGUCCAUCAUUCCGCAAUCCCUCGCCUGUGACCUUUUGGACGUCUACUUCGCCAGCUCUUCUUCAUCUCACCUUCAUCCGUUGUCGCCAUAUGUGGUUGGCUAUGUCCUCCGCAAGCAGUCAUUCCUCCACCCGACAAAGCCAAGACAGUGUAGUCCUGGUCUCCUCGCCAGCAUGCUUUGGAUCGGAGCCCAAACGAGCGAAGCCGCGUUCUUGACGUCUCCUCCAUCGGCCCGGGGGCGCGUUUGCCAGAAAUUGCUCGAGUUGACAAUUGGCUUGCUUCGGCCUCUGAUUCAUGGGCCCGCCACUGGAGAGGCAUCUCCAAACUAUGCGGCAAACAUGGUCAUCAACGGCGUGGCACUUGGAGGCUUCGGUGUAUCUAUGGACCAAUUAGGUGCUCAGAGUAGUGCGACAGGCGCUGUGGAUGAUGUCGCCACAUACGUUCACCUGGCUACCGUCGUCUCGGCCAGUGAGUACAAAGCCGCCAGUAUGCGCUGGUGGACCUCCGCCUGGUCGCUUGCGCGAGAGCUCAAGUUGGGUCGUGAGUUGCCACCAAACACAGCACCACGCCAGGAUGGCGAAAUGGAAGGUGAUUCCGAAAUGGGCAUGAACGGCAACAAACGACAAGCGCCUUCGUUACUCACGUCUAUGGGCGGUGGUAAUUCCUCGGUCAAUCUGACAGAGGAGGAACGCGAAGAGCGUCGCCGCAUCUGGUGGCUGUUAUUCGCGAUGGAUCGCCAUCUGGCCCUCUGCUACAAUCGGCCCCUGACGCUGUUGGACAAGGAGUGUGAAGGUCUCCUGCAACCUAUGAACGAUGACCUCUGGCAGGCGGGCGACUUCUCGGCUGCCAACUACCGCCGUGCAGGCCCGUCUUUCGAAUGUACCGGCCACAGCAUGUUUGGGUAUUUCUUGCCACUCAUGACCAUCCUGGGUGAGAUAGUGGAUUUGCAACACGCGCGGAACCAUCCACGGUUUGGUCUGCAUUUCCGCAACAGUGGCGAGUUGGAGAGUCAAGCGAUGGAGAUCACGCGCCAGCUCGAUGUAUAUGCCCAAAGCUUGAAGGAGUUCGAGGCCCGGUACACAAACUCUCUAGCGCUCGGCUCGGGAGAGAACGACACCAACAUGGAAGGGACCCACCUCAACCACGUCAGUCCCUCUGGUCGCUCAAGCAGCACCGUCGGAUCGCACGUUAGCGAAUCCAUCGUCCACACAAAGAUGGUGGUCGCCUACGGAACCCACAUAAUGCACGUACUCCACAUCCUACUUGCCGGUAAAUGGGAUCCGAUCAACCUGCUCGACGACAACGACCUUUGGAUCUCCUCCGAAUCGUUCAUCACGGCCAUGGGCCAUGCAGUGAGCUCCGCCGAAGCGGCAGGCGAUAUCCUAGAAUACGACCCAGAUUUAAGUUUCAUGCCAUUCUUCUUCGGCAUAUAUCUCCUGCAAGGCAGCUUCCUGCUACUCUUGACCGCGGACAAGUUGCAAGGCGAUGCGAGUCCAAGUGUGGUCCGGGCUUGUGAGACGAUUGUGCGGGCUCAUGAGGCUUGUGUCGUGACUCUAAACACAGAAUAUCAGAGAACAUUCCGGAAAGUAAUGCGCUCCGCUUUGGCUCAGGUCCGCGGCCGUGUGCCAGAGGACUUUGGCGAGCAGCAGCAACGCAGGCGCGAAGUCCUGGCUCUCUACCGCUGGAGCGGAGAUGGCAGUGGCCUUGCCCUGUGA